AUGGACGACCUUUACCUUAACAAGCUGAUGCCGGAAUUCUCGGAUCAGGAAAUCUUCGCCGAUUUUUCUUUAUCAAAGUUGCAUCUCAGGAUUAAGCGGGAGAAUCGGACGAGGAUCUCGGGGAGAGUUUACCUUGUUAAAGGGGACAGCGACUCUCUGGUCAGGGUACCUUCCUUCCAGAAUUUGCUCGAUGGUUCUUGCGAUGGGAAUCAGGAUGUGGGAAUCCAGUUCUUAGAGUCCAACUUCAACCCGUUCGAGUACUCCAACAACUCGCAGGAGAUCCGUACUGACGUCACCGGUCUGGAGGUGAAAUGUGGUAACCGGACACUUCCGGUUUCCGGUUUGAGUGAACCCAUCGACAUCCUGACAAGACGGAAGAACGAGAGUCUGGAUGGAUCCGUGUAUGUCUUCAAGACGUCGGUAUCACUCGGCAACCUGACAGUGUUCGAGUUCCUUGUUGGGAAGGAACAGUCAACCUUGGGGUUCUACAUCGACUUCAACUCAACUCGAUUUCCCCAAGACGUUUCGCUAUUUCUUUGCAAAGACUGUGUACCUACUCAAGACGCCUUCAACUGGACAGCCACGCUGCCCGUUUCUGAAGACCAGAUCGUCUCAGUUCCAUGGAUAAACGGAACGAACCUCACCUCCAGCCCCUACCAGUGGCUGCUGCAUGGGGAGGAGGUGGACAUUACAGGCUAUGAUGUUGGGAACCUCACAAAAUUUGGCAUUGGAGUGCAGUUUGGCUCUGAUUUGGACUUAGAUGAAGAAGAAAUCAUCGAUUUUUCUUUGACCGUCUUUGAGUCAUCCUGCGUUUACUUCGACGAAGAAGUGCACUUGUGGCACAGCGAUGGGUGCGAAGUCGGCCCGCUGACCAACAUGACGCAUAUCCACUGCCGGUGCGAUCACCUGACCAAGUUUGCCGGCUUUGUUCCGCCGAACCCGCUCAACAUCGCGGAGGCGCUGUCCGCAAACGUCCUGGAGAAUCCAGCCGGAAUGGUGCUGGUUCUGGCCGUGUUCGCGCUGUACCUGUUUGGAAUACUGUUAACAAGGAAGGCGGACAGAAGAGACUUACUCAAGGCUGGAGUGGGAAUACUUCCGGGUCAUACUCUGAACCCGCGGAAGGAAUGUCAAUACGUCAUCACUGUGUACACCGGCUUCCGGGGGAAUGCUGGGACAACUGCUGAGGUAACAAUAGUCCUCGGUGGACUUACCAACGAGAGCAUCCCCUUCAAGCUGCGGGACGAAAAGCGGGUUCUGUUUGAGAAGGGAAGCGUGGACUCGUUUCUCCUGUCUACAGAAGAACCGUUGGGAGAGCUCUCCCAUCUGCGCGUGUGGCACAAUAAUAAAGGCUACAGUCCGGGAUGGUUUUUGAGCCAGAUUGUGGUGACAAACAGGGCAAGAAACAACACAACGUAUUUUCUGUGUAACAGAUGGCUGUCUGUGGAGGAGGAUGACGGGAAGGUCCACCGCAUCAUCCCUAGGGCUGUACCUGAGGACCUGAAGAAGUUCCGCAACUUGUUCCUGGCCAAGAGUGCAAGGGACAUGAAUGACGGCCACAUGUGGUUCUCGGUGGUUGGCCGCCCUGCCCGGAGCCCGUUCACCCGUGUCCAGCGCCUGUCCUGCUGCCUGACGCUGCUCUACAGCACCAUGCUCACCAACAUCAUGUUCUUCGGCCGCGGGGACGACUUCGAGCCACCAGAGCCAAUCAGAUUCGCUGGGGUGGAGAUCAACCCGCCUAUUUCGCUUCCGCAGAUCAUGAUCGGCGUACAGAGUGCAGCCAUCAUCCUACCCGUCAAUGUUCUUAUCGCCUUCCUGUUCCGUAACUCCGGUCCGCGGGGCGACAAGAGUACGGACAAGAAGGCACAGAAGGACGGGGCUGGGGAUGGUGGAAAGGCCAAAUCGUCGCUGCCCUGGUGGACUGCCUAUAUAGGUUGGCUGCUCGUGUGGUCGGCUAGUUUCGUGGCGGCGUUCUUCACCGUGCUGUACACCCUGAGUUUCGGACGGGCGAAGGCGGAGGCGUGGCUCGUCACCUUUCUGACGUCAUUCAUGACCGACUUGUUCCUGAUGCAGCCCUUCAAGCUGCUCAUCGUGGCGGUCAUUUUUGCUUUGAUAUCAAAGACACCUGUUGAAGAUGACGAGCCUGCCGCCGAACCUCUUGAGUCCGGUGAAGAGUUUCUUCAUCCUGUAACACCGGACUCCAAUAAGAAGCAGGAUACUUGCUUGGACUCACCCCUGGACGAGUCCACUCUGGCUGAGCAGCGGCAGAAGAGCGCAGAGAAACGCAAGAGGCGCGCCGCCGUGCUGGAGGUUCUGGUGUUCGGUCUCUUCAUCGCUGUUGUCAUGGCAACCUCAUACGGGGAACGGAGCCCCAUGGCGUUCUACAUGACACAAAAUGUCGGGAGGCAGAUACUGGAGACUGGCGACGUUGGGUUCUUUGAGAUCGAUGAUAUCCCGUCGUUUUGGACCUGGAUAACAACCGGGUUGAUGCCCGCCCUUCACGUGAGAAGCUGGUACAACGGCAGAGUCAAUCCGGACGCCAUGUUACUUACAGACAUGGUCACCUACCCGCUUGGUCCCGUACAGCUUCGGCAGGUGCGAUUGGGGCCAGGACAACACUGCGCUCCACCCGAUCAAAUGCUGAACGUGACAUCGCGUUGUAGAGUGCCGUACACACUCAGUGUAGCCGAUACACAGAACUACAGCUUACAUUGGGUUACUGUCAACACAACAGCAAACGGAACUGACAACACAGUCUGUAGUCCCUCCAGCUCACAAACAUCUCGAGAACUACACAACUGUGCGAACAACGUGAGCCCAUGGAGGUAUACUUACGCUUCACUCACAGACGGUAUCCCUUAUUUCGGACAGCAUGGCUCUUAUAUCAGUGGCGGGUACAUCGCUUGGCUAGGAACGACCGACGAGUCCAUGACAUUUCUAAAACGUCAAAGUUGGCUGGACGAGAACAGUCGCGCAGUUUUCAUCGAGCUUAUCCUAUACAACCCGCACGUGAACCUGUUUUCGGUAGUGUCUCUGGUUGUGGAGUUCAGCAAUCUCGGGGGAGUUUACAAGAGUUCGGAGAUCGUAACCGUUAGACUCAUACAGCAUGACGUCAUCUUACUUCUGGUCCUGAGAGGGGUGCUGGCGCUGUUUCUACUCUACUUUGUAUUUCGUGAAGGAAAGUCUCUUUUAUCACGGCCACUGGAGUAUCUCUCCGAGUUCUGGAGCUGGGUAGAGCUGCUGGUCAUCACCAUCGGUUUCAGCACCCUCGUCAUCUACUUCUACACACAGAACAUCAUAGACGAGGUGGCAGAACAACGAAGGAACGGAAACUCCGUAUUCCAUCUGUACAAAAGCUCUGUCAGCUGGUUCCAGAUCUCGACUUACCUACAAGGGUUUCUCAUCUGUUGUGCCACGUUGAAAUUCAUCCGCCUGCUGCGCUUCAACUCUCACGUGUACGCCUUGUCUAUGACCAUGAAGAAGUCUCUCAAACCCCUCAUGUCUUUUAUGUUUUCUGUAGCUGUCAUUUUGUUUGCUUUUAUCCUAGUGAUGGCGUUGACUUUAGGGUCAAAAAUCAGUGACUAUAAGAACAUAAGUUCAACUCUUCAAAGCCUUCUUCUGAUGAUGUUGGGUAGUUUUGACUUCGACGCCCUUUCCUCGGGGCAUAGAAUACUCGGACCGCUGGUUUUCUUCUUGUACCAGGUUGUUAUGCAGUUCAUACUACUGAGCAUUUUCAUGGUGAUUCUUUUCGAUGUGUAUGAAAAUGAAGCACACUCUGAAAACCCACACGAUAUCGGCUUUACAUCCUAUCUAAAGGAAACGGCAGCAGAGACUGUUCAGAGAAUCAAAAACACUUCGUUCAAAAUCGAAAGAAAGAAACCCAAGAUGGAAAGACGAUUCUCUACAAACAUGAUUCCCAAGAUAUAUAGUGGCCUACGUCAUCUCAAUAGCGAUUCAACUAUCUGAGGGCGUUUUACUCAUUCUCAUCUUAUUAUCUCACUGAGCUCACAUUUAGGUUUAAUAGUUGCAAUAAGGUUGCCUAGCAACAGUUGCCAUGUAAAUCAGGUUUCUUUUGGCUAAACAAUUGUUUCUAUUGUUGUACAGAAUAAUUAUGCCAAAAUUCAUGCUUUUAUCAUAGUUUAAGCAUUAUUUUGCACCAAUCACCUGGACUAUAAGUAACCCUUAACUCUUGGAAACGAUUAGAUGUUUCAGACACCAUCCGAUGUCUUUCGUCAAUGGCACUGGAGAGAUCUUGUUGAAGAGUAGUCUUUAUAUCCUAGCUAUGAAUCAUACUCAGUUGCUUGAGUGAGUGCUUUUUGGCGUAUCUUAUGACCUAGAUGUCUAACCUUCAUCGACGUAACCCUUACCUCGUUUGACUUUUGAGUCGUGUUUAGGGGUGGGGAGACUUUUAGUAAAUGAUCUAGCAGUGGUCCAUGACAGUUCAUGAUGACAUUUGGCUGAAAGUGAUUCAAUGACUUGGACAGAGUUGACCAUUUCAGUUGCUUUCUUUUUAUCUUCAUUUAAAUAUAAUGAUAUCAUUUAAUGCAAUUUUCUUCAAUAAAUGACUGUUUGUAAAGAUAAGGUACAAUGAUAUCAUUAUAUUGUGGUGUAUUGUACAGUAUGUAUAUAAUUCUAUUACAUUCCAUAGAAAAUAUUGUAAAAUAAUACCCAGCAAUGUAAAUUCCACUGCCGUGCAUUUUUCGUCGAGGCAUCUUUUUCUGUAGUAAUUGUACAACCAGAUAUAUUACCAUGAUGUCACUGUCUCAGCACAGCUGAAUAGUAAGUGUUUGGCUCAACAAAUGACGAUAGUACUAGUUCCACUUGUCAGCAUUGUUGUAAUACAUGUAUAUUGAACUGCCUGUAUACUUUUUAUACCGUUUUCUAUAUCCUUUUUAUGUUGCAAUUAGCCCUUGGGCAAGAACUUGCAGCCAAAAUUCAAUUAACUAGACGCACAGGGAACCAUACACCGUGAACAUAUGGAAUACAGAUGGUAUUCUGUGAUAACCGAACUUCUUCAUUGAGGGUAUUAUCCAACUACAUGUAUGUAUCCUCCUUUUUUACUUAAUUCCAAAAGCGAUAACAAAUCAUCCAUACAAUAACUUAACUUCAAGUCAAGUCAACUCAUAUACUGUUAUCUAUAGAUAUAACAUUAUUUAUUUGUACAUUU